AUGUUUUCAAGCAUCAAUUUGCAGGGUUGUCUGUCAAUCGCUGAAAUGGUGCACUCCGAAGAGGAAAGCGUCGGCCAAGUCUGCCAUACUCCGUGGCUUGAGACCUUCCACGACGGUCUGAGCUACGGUGAAUCCCCACCAAAGAGCAUGCCACUCUUGCUCUCCGAGUUCACCGAGAAUAAGGACGAGUUUGAAGACAUCGAUAGCUUCAAGAAGAAUUCGCUGGCUCUCGAAGACAGCUGGAAGUUGCCAGUCGACAACGAAAAGGACUGGGAAAGCCACCCAGAGUAUCCCAUGGGUCUCUGGGUUGGUUGGUUCAUCCCCAAAAACAUCCAUUCGAUCUCCAAAUAUGGUCACAGAUACUCCAGGUAUGGAGGACCUCUAUGCGUGGAUACUUUCACCGCACCCCCCAUCAACAAUGCCAUCAUCCAAAAGGCUUUCAAGGUCGUCUACAGAUUGGGCAGUGACUUCACUCUAGAGCUGUACGCGCUCUACUCCCCCAACGCGGAUGGCCUCUGCAAGGCCAAGCUUGUUCCUGGCGGCGCAGCAAAUGUAUUUUUCUUCAAAGAGUGGAGAGAUGACACCGUUUGCGGCCGCUACAAUCGAAUAGCAACCUGGAUGAACAAGGCCGAGGCAGGAGCGCGGAAGGCCAGCUUGGCGAGAAGAACGGCGCUGGAACCGUCGUCAUGGUAUUCACGCAAUUUGACUGGAUCUGACAAGCAUGAUGACAUCGGAAGCAGAAAGGAAGAAUCAGCACCCAUUGUUGGGUUACUUCCGCCGUCAACGUUGCAUCAAGCACCAGAGAAAUCUAGAGGCGAGCUCGUCCGCCAGGAUUCUUACUCGUCAAGCGACGGCUGGUUACCAGAUGAAUCUGACAUGAACAAUGAUUCUUCUGACAGCGAACCUCCGACCGCGAUAAGACAUUACAGAAAGAAGAGCAACUCGACCAGAGAUUACUCUACACCCAACACCAGGUACUCGCGCAGGCACUCAUACGAGUCUGUGCAGGGAUAUUCCCAUUCACAUUCAAAGACUUCACCUGCUCUACCCAGAAGGCUGACCAGGAGUCAGAGAGUUCACCGAGAAUCGCGAGGAAGCCCUCAAAGCAGACAUGCGAGCCGGCGCAGCCCUCAAGCGCUUUCUUGGCGUGGCUUGGACGACGAUGCUCUAAGCCCUCCAAUCCGCCAGCCCAAUCUGGGUCAUCUUCAGAGAGACUCUUCAAUUACCCACAACUCAAGCCCGCAAAAGAGGAAGAAAACACGAACCAACCCAUAUGGGAGAUCUCAGACUGAGCCACCCCGAAAGCAACAUAGACCUGGACAGGCCCGCCAGACACUCCUGGACCGGUCAGAUAGCCUGCAGUCGGAGAUUACUUUUUUAGCCAAGGACGAAGUUGUUGAGAAUAGCGACGAUGAAGUUCAAUUCGUCAAGGAGGUUCCAGCCAAGAGGGACCAGAAGAAGUUCGGUGACACUGAAGUAGCGAAUCGGACCAAUGCCCUGAGCGACAGCAAGAGCGUUCGCUUUGUCGAGGAAUUCAUCUCAGCGGGAAAGUUGACGCUGUUUGCUCGCCUCCCGGAUGCCUUCUCGCGUUGUAUCAUGCUCGAGACAUUUCGGAAGCAUUUGACAUCUACGUAA